AUGGAGUUACUGUCUAUACUUUUUGCAGGUAAUUGGAGUAUCUUACCUCAAAGACUGCCUUCAGUUACUCCACCAGUCAGUUCUACUUUAUCAAGUCAAGGCUCUUACUUAGCAAUGAGGAAGGUUGAUUGGGCAAAUUUAAAUGAACUUCCUCUUAGUUUGGUUCUUGAAAAGUUGGAAGUACAAACAGACUAUGUUAGGUUCGGUGUUGUGUGUAAGAAUUGGCUAUCAGCUGCUAAGCUUAACCAUAAAAAUCAUCAAUUUAGGAAUGUACUGCCUAUGCUGAUGAUCCUCUCAAAAAAAUUGUCGCGUAUACAUGCAAUAUCACAGACAAAGAAGAUAUCAUUGUAUAAUAUCCUAAGUAAGAAAGACUACCCUAUUCAAUUCUCCCAUCCUUCCAUCAAUACAAUGAAAUUGUGUUUAGGCUGUAGCCAUGGUUGGCUUGCAUUGGUGGAUGAUAACAAUGCCAUAACUCUAGUGAAUCCUUUUAAGUGUAGUAUAGCUCCCAUUAGUCUGCCACCUCUCAAAUCUCUCAAAAAGGUUACCUUGUCUGCUGACCCCUUUACAAGCCCAAGUGAUUAUGUGGUUGCAGUGAUUUACAAUUUUGGUUCUCUCGCUUUCAAAAGACCAAGCCAGUCAUUUUGGAUUCGUGUAAACACAAAUGAAUUUUCUUUCACUGAUGUUGUAUUUUAUAAAGGCCUGAUAUUUGUUGAUAGCACAGAUACCAUUGUAUCCUUCAAGUUGAACAAUCCUUCUUCUGAUGACUCAUUUGAUCCUAAUUUUUCCUACUAUGAGAAGAUGGCUAGUACUCCAUAUUUUUUUCCUCCAGAACUAUAUUCUUAUGGGCGUACUUAUAAUGGGCGUGCUUAUUUUGUGAAAUCAUUGACCAGAGACAUAUGGAUGAUGAAAAGAUUCUUAAUCGGCAGAGAUUUAAUCAAACCCUGCAUUUUCAAAUUGGAACUGGAUGCCCAGAGUGGAAAACUAGAACACAUGAACAAACUUGAGAGUUUGGAAGACAGCAUUUUAUUUGUCGGAAGUGUUGGUGAUUCAAUAUCUGUGCCAGCCUCUGCUUUCUCCAAGUUGGAAAAGGAUUCAAUUUAUUUUGUUAAUGGUUUAGAGACAGAUAUCUAUAUCUUUAAUGUGAAGGAUGGAAGCGUUCAGAGACCACCUUCAGUGCUUUCCUUCAACUGCAUGCAACAAUUUUGGGUUCUACCACAACUUCAUUGGGAUUGA